AUGGCCUUGAAAAGCUCAAGCUCUCAUUCUGUUUUCACCCUGGUGAUGAUGCAGACCAAGACAGAGUUUGUGGAGGGUGAAGAGCAUGACCACAGGAUCACAAGCCGCAUAAACCUAAUAGACUUGGCUGGCAGUGAGCGCUGCUCCACAGCCCACUUGAGUGGCGAGCGAAUGAAGAAAGCUGUGAGCAUUAACAAGUCCUUGCUAACUUUGGGGAAGGUCAUAUCUGCACUCUCCGAGCAAGCACACGGAAAGAGGGACUUUAUUCCAUAUCGUGAAUCCACUCUUACAUGGCUAUUAAAAGAAAGCCUGGGUGGAAAUUCAAAAACAGCAAUGAUUGCUACCAUCAGUCCCGCUGCCCACAACAUAGAAGAAACACUGAGCACACUCAGAUAUGCUACCCAAGCCUGCCUGAUGAUAGUCAACAUCGCCAAAGUCAAGGACAUGAAUGCAAAGUUGAUCAGAGAGUUGAAAGCAGAAACUGAAAAGUUAAAAGCUGCCCAGAGAAACAACCGGAACAUUGACCCUGAACAAUACAGACUCUGCCGGCAAGAGAGAACAUCCUUAAGGAUGAAGCUGCAUCAGCAGGAGACAGACAUGGCAGAGAUACAAAGAGUAUGGAAGGAAAAGUUUGAACAAGCUGAGAAAAGAAAACUUCAAGAGACAAAGGAGUUACAGGAAACAGGAGUUACAUUUCAAAUGGACAAUCACUUGCCAAACCUUGUUAAUCUCAACGAAGACCCACAGCUGUCAGAGAUGCUGCUCUACAUGGUAAAAGAGGGAGUAACCAUAGUUGGAAAGCACACGCCAAACUCAAGCCAUGACAUCCAGCUAUCUGGAGUGCUGAUUGCCGAUGAUCACUGUACUAUCAGAAAUUUUGGAGGAACAGUGAGUAUUGUUCCAGCCGGAGAAGCAAAGACAUACGUAAAUGGGAUGCACAUCUCAGAGCCCACAGUAUUACAUCAUGGUGAUUGUGUGGUUCUUGGUGGAGACCAUUAUUUUAGAUUUAAUCAUCCAGUUGAGGUCCAGAAAGGAAAAAAAAACUCAAAUAGAAAUAAUAUCACAAGUGAAGGCCCAAAAGAUUUUGAGUUUGCCAAGAACGAGUUACUUACAGGACAGAGAUCUCGGCUUGAAGCAGAAAUAAAAGCUGCACAGCUGAAGGCGAAGAAAGAAAUGAUGCAAGGAAUUCAAAUUGCAGAGAAGAUGGCCCUGCAAGAGCUUUCUUCCCAAAAAGCUGCAUAUGAGAGCAAAAUCCAGGCCGUCGAGGCAGAGCUGAGGGAAGAGUCUCAAAGGAAGAGAUUGGAAGAAAUAAAUAACCAAAAAGCUAGUCACAAGAUUGAGGAGUUGAAAAGGGUGAAGCAGCAUCUUGAACAGGAAGUGUACGUGAACAAAUGGUGACCUGAGUUGGAGACCCUGGCUACAAAGCAGGCCUUAAAAGACCAUAGAAUCCAAUAUGCAAGGAUCCUAGAAGCUUUAGAGAUUGCAAAGCAAAAGACUGCUGAAGAAGUACAAAUGCUUCAGGAGAAUCGAGGAAACAGGGAUAAGACUUUUACCAUUCAGCCAAACUGGAGCUCCAUGAAACUCUCCACGAUGAUUCAGGAAGCCAAUGCCAUCAAUGACAAAUUUAAAAAGAGCUAUGUUUUUGGCAGACACGAUGCAUCAGACAAAGGCCGUUCUGAUACCUGUGUUCGAGUUCGUAACCUCCAGCUUGGGGUCUCAACUUUCUGUAGUCUGGAAAAGUUUGAAUCUAAACUUGCAGCAAUGAAAGAGCUUUAUGAGAGUAACAGUGGAGACAGGAACGAGGAUAUCUUCUGUGACCCUGAAGAUGAGUGGGAACCCGACAUUACAAGCACACCAGUUUCUUCCCUCUCUAGAAGGACGAGCAGAAGUUUGAUGAAGAACAGGAGAGUCUCUGGCUGUGUGCAUGACAUCCAUCCAGUUCAGAGUAUGCAAUCUUCACACUUGCCAGAAUUAAUGGAAAAACCAAGCACCAUUUAUUCAAAUUCAUCAGAAUCAUUUCUUCCUGGAAUUUGCAGAGAAUUGAUUGGCUCAUCAAAAGAUUUCCUUAGACAGAGUUUCGAUGAAGAAAAAACUAUAGCAGAUAGCCUGAUAAGUAAUCUUGUCAAACUUUAUAAUGGGGUGAUUGCCAUCUCCAAAGCCCAUGAAGAACAGGAUGAAGAAAGUCAAGAUAACCUGUUCUCCUCCAACCGGGCAGCCCAGGCUCUCACCAUCCAGGUUGCUUGUGACUUUCAGCAGCUUGUGGUUUUGUUCAAACACUGGCUGGGUGACUUUUCACCUUGUACCGGCUCAGCAAGGCUUGAAGACAAACUGAGACAAGAUAUUAACAACCUCGGAGGCUAUUUCCAAUUGUUUUUGCAGGGAUGCUGUUCGGAUAUUACAUCGAUGGUAAAAGAGGCUCAAAACAAAGUCAUGGUGAUUAUACAGCAGGCUGUUCUGUGUGUGGGUCAGCAAGCCGUUCUGAAAGGGAGCAAGCUCUGUGUUCUGGAAAACAGCAUCAAGGUUUCCAGUGCCCAGGAGUUGAUGGCUGCCCUCCAGGACGGCAUGGCCUCAGGGAUGAACCGUCUCUUAGACUCUGGACUAGAGACCGCGCAGACACUCAGGCAGGACCUCUCCAGGCAGAGUGCACAAGAUGAAAAUUACAACCCAUAA